AUGGCCGCGCUCCACUGUGAGAGAAGACGGCUAUCUCCUUGUCACAAGUGUCCUAGGAAUGGUGAUGGCCACAUCAGCAAGGACAACGGCGUCGCAACCAUAACUACAGAAGAGCUGCUCGAGGCAGUCCAAGGCAAGGGCGUUACCAUGGACGAGGUUUCACAGGCGCUGGAUGGCAUUGACUGUGAUCAUGAUGGUGAGAUCAAUUACGCCGAGUUUGUGAAAAUGUUGCGAUGA